UCCACCCCAAAACACACGCCCCGCACCCAAAGACGGAAAAACCAUCGGAACCCUAGAUCUCUCGCGCGCCUCGCCGCCCCAAGCCCCCCAAAACCCUAGAUCCCCCCGCCAUGCACCACCCCAGGGCGCGCUAUCCUCCCGGCUACGGCUCCGGCGGCGGCGGCGGCGGUGACGGCGGCCGCGGUAAUGGUGGGGGUGGCGGCUUCGGAGGAAGAGGUGGCGGUGGUGGUGGCGGGGGUGGAAACCACAACUACUACGGCCGCGGCCCGCAGCCGCAGCCGCAACAUCACCACUACCAGGCGCAUCAGCAGCAGCAAUAUGCGCAGAGGAGCAACACGCAGCAGCAGCAGCAGCACCAGCAGCAGCAGUGGCUGCGGCGGAACCAGGCCUCGGCGGCUGAGCCCGGGGAGGCCGCGGCGAGGACAGCGGCGCAGCUGGAUGCCGUCGUCGACUCGAGUUCUGAAGAUUGGAAGUCACAAUUGAAUUUGCCAGCUCCAGAUACGCGUUAUAAGACCGAGGAUGUCACUGCAACAAAAGGCAAUGAGUUUGAGGAUUACUUUUUGAAACGUGAACUACUAAUGGGAAUUUAUGAGAAAGGAUUUGAAAGGCCAUCACCUAUCCAGGAAGAAAGCAUUCCAAUAGCUCUGACUGGUAGUGAUAUUCUUGCGAGAGCUAAAAACGGCACUGGGAAGACUGCUGCAUUUUGCAUUCCCGCCCUAGAAAAAAUUGAUCCGGAGAAAAAUGCCAUACAAGUUGUUAUAUUGGUACCAACACGGGAACUAGCUCUGCAGACUUCCCAAGUUUGUAAAGAGCUCGGAAAGUACCUGAAUAUUCAAGUUAUGGUUAGUACUGGAGGGACCAGCUUGAAGGAUGACAUUAUGCGUUUGUAUCAACCUGUUCAUUUGCUUGUUGGGACACCUGGUCGGAUACUGGAUCUAACAAGGAAGGGCAUUUGUGUGCUGAAGGAUUGUUCAAUGCUCAUAAUGGAUGAGGCUGACAAGCUGUUAGCUCCAGAGUUUCAGCCUUCUGUAGAGCAACUCAUCCGUUUCCUUCCAGCCAAUCGUCAACUAUUGAUGUUUUCUGCAACUUUUCCAGUAACCGUCAAGGAUUUCAAGGAGAAAUAUCUACCUAGGCCUUAUGUUAUUAAUCUUAUGGAUGAGCUAACGCUAAAAGGAAUUACACAACACUAUGCUUUCGUGGAAGAACGACAGAAAGUUCAUUGUCUGAAUACACUUUUCUCAAAGCUUCAAAUAAAUCAGUCCAUUAUAUUCUGUAACUCUGUUAAUAGAGUUGAGCUAUUGGCCAAGAAAAUCACCGAGCUUGGCUAUUCAUGCUUCUACAUUCAUGCAAAAAUGUUACAAGACCAUCGAAACCGAGUGUUCCAUGAUUUUCGCAAUGGUGCUUGCAGAAACCUUGUGUGCACAGAUCUGUUUACAAGAGGAAUUGACAUCCAAGCUGUCAAUGUUGUCAUUAAUUUUGACUUUCCCAAGACCUCUGAAACAUAUUUGCAUAGGGUUGGUCGUUCAGGGAGAUUCGGACACCUUGGUUUGGCAGUGAACUUGAUCACCUAUGAGGACCGUUUCAACUUGUAUCGGAUUGAGCAAGAACUUGGGACAGAAAUAAAACCGAUACCCUCACAAAUUGAUCUGGCGGUGUAUUGUCAAUGAUCAACCAGAUGUACAUAGCACCUCAUAGGCAGUUAAAUGCUUAGGUGCCACUCUUCAAACGACAUGAUAUAUUGUUUCGGGUAAUAAUUGAAGUUCUCUUUUGUAUGCCCAGGGUUUAUUUGGUGCCUUGAUGGGGUUUAUUUGGUGCCUUGAUGACACAUCUAAGCUUAUAUUCCAUUAGUGAGGAAGUGUUUUCUGCCGGCACUGAUACUAAUCAUGUUUAACUGCGGACUUGCAUUUUUGGCUGCUGGAAGACCCAGAGCUGCGGCCAAACAGAACCGGAUCUUUUCUGCCCCAUGUAUCCGCUUAACUGCGCUCAAGAAUCACUUUGUAUUCAUUUGCUAGCGUCAGUUUUGGUUUGUUACAUUAGGAUACUACUGAUUUAGUCUGUUGUUACUGUCAUUAUGGUUACUUCAUUUUUGUUUUUUGUUCUUUCUUUCUCAUGUUUGGAUUAGAAGUAUUACCGCACUUCAUUCAAUCACUAGUAUCCAUUUCUAUUAUACUUGGUUUAGACUGUUUACUUCAAUUAUUUUUUACGCCCGAUUCAGAAUAGCCUCGGUCCUGCAUUGUGAUGGUUUCUGCAUACCUCUGUUUGACCGAUUAGAAGCUUACAAAGUUGCAAUGUAAUCUGUGUGUAAACUUUACUACCGACUGAAAAAUGCUACUAACUCUGUUUUAAAAUAUGUUCAUUUAUAGAUUGUUUAG